GGGGGCCCCCUGGGGGGGGGAGACGGUGACACACGUUGAUCCCCAUGGAGGUGUUCCUCAACGGAGGUGGCCCCGUGGAGGUGUUCCUCAAUGGAGGUGGCCCCAUGGAGGUGUCCCUCAGUGGAGGUGGCCCCAGGGAGGUGACCCUCAACAGAGGUGGUCCCAUGGAGGUGUUCCUCAACGGAGGUGACCCCAUGGAAGUGUUCCUCAAUGAAGGUGACCCCGUGGAGGUGUCCCUCAGUGGAGGUGACCCCAUGGAGGUGUCCCUCAACAGUGGUGGCCCCGUGGAGGUGUCCCUCAGUGGAGGUGGCCCCAUGAAGUUGGCCCUCAACAGAAAUGACCCCAUGGAGGUGGUCCUCAAUGGAGGUGGUCUCAUGGAGGUGACCCCAUGGAGGUGGCCCUCAACAGAAAUGACCCCAUGGAGGUGUCCCUCAAUGGAGAUGACCCCGUGGAGGUGUCCCUCAAUGGAGGUGACCCCGUGGAGGUGUCCCUCAGUGGAGGUGACCCCAUGGCGGUGGCCCUCAACAGUGGUGGCCCCAUGGAGGUGUCCCUCAGUGGAGGUGUCCCUCAAUGGAGGUGGCCCCAGGGAGGUGGCCCUCAAUGGAGAUGACCCCAUGGAGGUGUGCCUCAAUGGAGGUGGCCUCAUGGAGGUGACCCCGUGGAGGUGUCCCUCAGUGGAGGUGACCCCAUGGCGGUGGCCCUCAACAGUGGUGGCCCCAUGGAGGUGUCCCUCAGUGGAGGUGGCCCCAUGGAGGUGUCCCUCAAUGGAGGUGGCCCCAGGGAGGUGGCCCUCAAUGGAGAUGACCCCGUGGAGGUGUCCCUCAGUGGAGGUGACCCCAUGGCGGUGGCCCUCAACAGUGGUGGCCCCAUGGAGGUGUCCCUCAGUGGAGGUGUCCCUCAAUGGAGGUGGCCCCAGGGAGGUGGCCCUCAAUGGAGAUGACCCCAUGGAGGUGUGCCUCAAUGGAGGUGGCCUCAUGGAGGUGACCCCGUGGAGGUGUCCCUCAGUGGAGGUGACCCCAUGGCGGUGGCCCUCAACAGUGGUGGCCCCAUGGAGGUGUCCCUCAGUGGAGGUGGCCCCAUGGAGGUGUCCCUCAAUGGAGGUGGCCCCAGGGAGGUGGCCCUCAAUGGAGAUGACCCCAUGGAGGUGUGCCUCAAUGGAGGUGGCCUCAUGGAGGUGACCCCAUGGAAGUGUCCCUCAAUGGAGGUGACCCCGUGGAGGUGUCCCUCAGUGGAGGUGGCCCCAGGGAGGUGGCCCUCAAUGGAGAUGACCCCAUGGAGGUGUCCCUCUGUGGAGGUGACCCCAUGGCGGUGUUCCUCAACGGAGGUGGCCCCAUGGAGUUGUCCCCAACAGAGGUGACCCUGUACCCGAGGCGUCCCCCGUGGAGGUGUCCCCACGGAGGUGGCCCUGUCCCCAGCGGUAGCAUCUCUACCCCAAGGGGGGGGUUGGUGGCCCCAACGGAGGUGUCCCUGUCCCCACCCCUGCGUGUCCCCAUCCCAUCGGGGUUGUCCCCACCCCGGCCGGGGUUGGUGACGGUCCCCGUGU